AUGGUUCAUGAAAAAGGUCCUGUUGAACCAUCACAACCAUCAGACCAUCACACAGAACAGCAGAAUCUAAACUCAGAACUGCCCGACUCACCGCAUGAUUAUCAUCCAAAUAAUGAAGAUGACUCACUCACAUCAAUUUCAUCCUCUGCAAUUUCAAAUGCAUCGCCUACAAAUUUGGAAGACCCCAUAGCUUAUAGAACAAACAACGUGGAUCCAAUUAAUGAUGACACGGUUUGCAAUGAGUAUUACCCGGCUGGUGACAAUCGAAAUUUGGCAAAUACUCUUAUUCUAGAAGAACCAACAAGAAAAAUACCAUGGUGGAGAAAAGCUUAUGAUAUAGUUUAUCCUGGUUACGUUAUCAAUCAUUUAAAUUAUCAAUCCUUUAAAGUUGUCGCUCAAAGUUGGCUCUAUGUUUGGCCAGUUACCAUUUUGACUAUUGUUCCAUCUACUAGUGAAUGGUUAGGUGCUGCACCGUACUUGGUGUUAAUUGUUGCAUUUAUUGCAAUAUCUGGUGGCUCAUCUAUAAUCUUGAAUGUUAUAUCUUCCUGUGCUAUCAUGAUUGGAGUAAUGAUAUCGUUCGUCCAUCAUAUUGUAAGGUCAAAAAUUAUUAAUGAUAUAAAAGGUGGUAUCACACAACAACAAUUGGUUCAACAAUUGAUCGAUGAAGGAACAUGUCAAUUAGGACCUCAGCUAGAAUUGUGCGUUCAAGACCAGAUCUUUUCAGGUAGAUAUAUUCAAACGAAAACUGUUGCUAUAACUAUUUUGUCCAUGAUUUCAAAUACGUUAAUUUUGGGAAACAUUAGACUGAUACAUCCAUUGUGGAACUUAUCAUACAUUUUUGGACAAAUAGGAAAUGUUAUUUUUUCAUGCUAUGGUCAUUUCUCACCUUUAUAUGCACCAUUGCAAGUUGGAUUAACAGUCAUUAAACCGGUAGGUGUUUCAUUGGUGUUUAAAGUGGCAGCAGCUAUAUUCAUAUUUCCAUCGACUUCCAACUUUAGAUAUAUUUCGGCCGCUAUCAAAAGUAUAGGUGGUUUAAAAAAAGCUUGUUCAAACAAUACUAGGCUAUUCAAUACAAUGCGACCUUCCGCUCCUAAUUUCGCUAAUUAUAAAAGUUUCAAGAAAGAAAUAACUGCUAUUAGAGCCAAAAUGGCCCCUUUAGAGGUUCUUGCAUCAACAAUUUGGUUAGAGUAUUCAUAUGGUCGAUUCGAUGUUGGAGAUGUUGGUCAAUUUAGAUCAUUAUUUAAAAACUUAAUAACAUCGUCAGCUAGUUAUGCUCAUUUUUAUCAACUAUUGCAAGAAAGAACAUUUUUCGCGAAAGAUGAUUUUUCCAUAACAAGACGAAAAUCCAGUGUUUCGUCUUUUGCUCACGGGCAUGCAAAAUUAUUUAGUGCAUUCCAUGAUUCUUACAAAAAAGUUGGGGAAUAUGAAAAUAAGAAAAGAAUAAAGAUUUUGAGAAAUAGAAUUAUGCAACAUGGAGAAGGUCAUAGAAUUGGUGUUACUCAGAUUGAUAUGAUUGCCAAAUAUUUGACUGAACAUUUUGGACCUGUUCUUGAUACAGCUGAUAAAGGAUUUGAUGUCAUCAUAGAAUGGCUCACAGCGGCGAAUGAGUUCAGACUUUACGCAUUGAUACCUGGAAAAUGGGAUAAACAUGUUCGGAAACAAGAAGAGAUGGCUUUAAAAGUCAAAGCAAUCAAAAAAGAAAUUGUUGAUAUGAUAGCUAAGUACGAUGAUACUGAGACAUUAAAAAGCCUAAUGAUUGAUAACUCAAGAACAGAAGAUGCUUUGCUUUUUUUGAUAAGUCAAGGUGUAUUAUUUCUACAGAUAGCACGGUUACAAUGUCAAAAUUUAUUGGAACUUUUAGACUUUUGCACAGAUCUUGAUGAAAGAAGGCCAACACCAAAAUUUAUAACCACCUUCACCAAAACAAAAUAUUUCAAACCAAGACAUUUAUCUAGUGAUUUAGAUGAAGAAUUACCUGAUUAUUUAAAAAGUAACGUUGAGAGGAGAAAUGCUGAUAACCUUCCUCCAGCGAAUUGGUUCCAAUUUUGCGGUCUUCAUAUUUUGAAAUUUAUCAAAUUUUUACUUUCUGACAAACUUUGGUUUUGGAUUCGAGCUGGUGGAUUGAUAUGUAUUGGAGCUAUACCAUACUUUGUAAGAACUACGGCUCAUUGGUAUUAUGGGAGAAGAAUGGUCUGGUUGGUGAUUAUGAUUGCGGUAUCAAUCAGUGAGACUUCAGGGCAAACUAUAUAUGUCUUUGUAUCAAAGCUUGUAUACACAUUUUCAGGUUGUUUAUUAGGAUUAGUAGGUUGGUACAUCUCAUGUGGUAAUGGUCACGGUAAUUAUUAUGGUUUUGGUGCAGUUACAGCGGUGCUUUACUUAUAUUUGAUAUUUUUCAGACAUUUUUCAAUUCAUCAAACACUUUUACCACAAAUUUUGUUUGGUGUUACGACCGUCUUAGUUUUAGGAACUUCAUGGUUAGAUGUAACGGAUGGACAACAAGCUAAUGUUGGUUAUGGAUGGACUCCCGCGUAUUUGAGGUUUUUGGGUGUGGUUAUUGGACUUUGUAUUGGAUCAUUGGCUGCAAUUGUUCCUAAACCUAGAUCAUCAAAAUCUUUAGUGAGAAGAACAUUAGGUAAUGCUUUAUUUGAGAUUGGUAAUCUUCAUUGUGAUGUAUCUAAGUUUGCUAUGAGAAGAUUAGAUGAUCCUACAUUUCAUAUUCAAGAAAGACACGAUUUAUUAAUCACAAGAUUUAGGUAUUUAUUCAUGAAAAUUGCUGGAUUGAACAAAUUAUUAGUUCCUUUAAAAUUUGAAUUACCAAUAGCAGGCUAUUGGCCAGAAAGUAAAUAUGUUAGACUUCAAGGUCUACUAACUGAUACAGUACAAUUAUAUUUGAUGUUGUUAGUAGCAUUCAAUCAAUUAGAAGAUCCAAGAGCAUGGAUUCCCAUAAUUGUAAAACGUGCCGGUCUUUGCUAUUCCGAUCUUGAUGCAGAAAUAUUUUCAUUAGUUCAUAUGGCAUCUGGUGCGUUGAAGAGUAAAGAAGCCUUACCCAAAAUAACUGAAGCAAAUAUAUCAGUUAAACACAUGGAAUUACUAAGAAAUCAAUGGGGAAUUAAUAAAAUUUCAUUAAGUGAAAGAUUUUAUAGUUCUCCUACAAAAGGAACUACAAAUGAUCAUUCAAAAUUAACUGAGCAUUUAGAUUAUGAUAAAUUUUUGAGUAAAGAUGGCCAAUUAAAUAUUUUGUCAUUGUUACUUGCCCAUAUGAUAUAUAAUAGACUUGAUGAAAUUAUGAUAGUAGUUAAAGGAUUAGUAGGUGAAGUAUUUGAUUUAGAUGAACAGAUUUUAAUAGAUGAAAUAGAUUUAGAUGGUGAGAAAUUUCAAAAUCAAGAAGAGGCGGUUUUAUUGAAACAUCUUUAA